GCGUCUUGCAGGGGCUGGAGAUCUAUUAUUGCGGCUUAAGGGUUGAGGCGCAGGGCGCGCAGGCAGGUACGCGGAAGGAAAGGCCUUACUGAGCACCUGGCUGGGAAAGACGGAUCGUUCCCCCAGGGCAAGAGUGUGCAGAGAAAAAGCGCUGGAUUUACGCAUCCACUUCAUCUCCUGAAUUUUGGUCCGUGAGAAUGGCGACGAUGGGAAACCAGACGGAGACCUGGCUCCAGAAGUUGGACUCAAUGCUGAAGGCCUUCAACCACACGCUUCACCGCAAGGACUUUUGCCCUCCGGACGCGAGAGGUGACUCGGAGGAGGCCAAAGAGACCUACGCCUACAUGUACAUCCUGUUUGUGAUGGUCUUGUUUGCCGUGACCGUGGGCAGUUUGAUCCUCGGGUACACCCGAUCCCGCAAGGAGGUGGACCAGCAGAGCGACCCGUAUCAUGUUUACAUCAAGAAGAGGGUGUCUAUGAUAUGAGGAGCAAAAAAAGAGGCCGAGGAGAAAUUCUUGAUGGCGUCUCGUGACGAGAAAUGUCUGUCUCGACUCCUGUGCGGGUCUUAUUUCAGGAAUCCGUGUUCUAACAGCUGGAAAGACUUUCUAAGAUACAGAGAUACAAAUCAGGAGGUGCAAAGGAAUGUGGGAGUGGGAGAGGCCUUACGGAGACUUAGAUUUUAAAAAUCUGUGCUUUUU